GCCACGACUACCGUUGCCACUCUCUGCCCUCCAGCGCACCCCUUUCUCGUCGUCUGCGUGCCCCCUGCACCCCCCACACCCUAUCGUGCUCCUGGAAGAGCCCCGACAAAGGACGGAAUGAUGGCCAGCAAGCAGCUGGGCAAGCUGCGACAGCUCGUGGGAGAGGUCAUCGCGACACGGGACAAGACCAUCCAGUCGGACGAGUUCCGCGAGCUCGAGCAUGAUAUCGAGCUCCGGAGGCAGGGCCUUUCGAAACUUGACCUCGCGUCCGAGGACUACCGCCACUACCUCCAGAAGAAGAAGUUCUCCGAGGCGAUCGAGAAUGCGGACAAGCUUCUUGCCAUGGACGCGCUCGGCGUCGUCAUGAUCAAGCACGGCGAGGAGUUCGGCGAGGACUCCGCAUACGGGCAGUCGCUCGUGAGCUUCGGCCGCGCACACUGCAAUAUCGCGUCGCUCCAGGAGAGCUACGCGAUCACGUUCGAGGAGUCGUACCUCGCGAACGUGCGGCAGAGCGAGGACGAGAUCAAGGAGUACCAGGCGCAGCGUAAGAAGCUCGAGAGUCGACGACUGAGCUACGACGCGACGGUGGCGAAGCUGGAAAAACAGAGACACGCUAAGAAGGUGCCAGAGAAAGACCGCGAGGAGGCGGAGGAAGAGUUUGAGAAUGCCAAGGCUCGCUACGAGGAGACACUUGAAGACGUGCGGGCGCGUAUGUGGGCGAUACAGGAGAACGAGGUCGUGCAGCUGCGUGAACUCACGAGCUUCCUCGACCUGGAACUCUCGUAUGUGCGGUCGUAUAUGGAGGAGCUGCAGAAGGUUCGAGAUGAAUGGAUCGACGAGGAGACACUACGGAAGCUCGGUGCACCCAAAGCCCGCCCGCCACCGCGCCCCGCCCCCGCCUCUCGCGCCGCGUCUCGUGCGGGCUCAAUACGGUCCACGAAGUCCUUGAAGAAGACCGGCAAUCGGGAUUCUGCCGACUCUAGCGAUGACGAUGCCGCAUCGAGCAAGAAGGCGCACUCACGUCGCAAGUCGGAACCCAACGGCAAGCCGCCCUCGCGCCCCGUAUCGCGUGCGUCACGGAAGCGCUCGGACAGCGUGGUGACAGCCGCCAGCGAGAAAGGGAAAGACAAAGAUAAGGAGAAGGAAAAAGAGAAGGAAGAGAAGGAGAAGCCUGCGAAGAGCUCGAACCGGCUCAGCGUCGCGGGCUGGGCGUCCAGCGCUAUGAGCUCCGUGACAGGUCGCGGCAAGAAGGACAAAGAUAAGGACAAGUUCGCGGCGCUGCGCGACGAGGACGACACCGAGCUGAGCGACACGGACGAGUUCGGGCUCCCGAAAGGGGCCGCGAAGGCUGCCAAGCGGCGAUCGUCUGUGCCCGGUCUUCCGGCAAGCGCGUCGCCCAAGCUGCCGAGCCGCAUGCUCAAGUCGCCCUCGUCCAAGGAGAAGGACAACAAGGAGAACGCGGAGCGCGCACAGGGCCGCAAGCGCGUCGUCGCGAUACACGAUUUCGCCGCCGCGUCGACGGACGAGCUCAGCUUCAAGGUCGGUGAGCAGAUCGAGGUGCUCAGCGAGGUCAUCGACGGCUGGUGGAUGGGCGAGCUCGGCGGCAAGCGCGGGCUCUUCCCGACGACGUACACCGAGGUCAUCAACUCCUCGUCCUCGUCCCUGCCCCAGAAACCGCCCGUGCCGCAGCGCCCGCCCUCGUCGCUCUCGCGCAGCCUCGGCCUCGCGCUCGCCGCCGCGGGCGCCGGCAGCCGCAACGGCUCCUCGUUCUCCUCGCUCGAGGACGAGGCGCCCGCACGCCCGCUGUACGCGGAGAGCAUCCAGAGCAGCCACCUGAGCGACACGGACGACGAGUCGGGCAGCCUCAUGCGCGUGCAGCGCAUCGACGACGGCUUCUCCGCGCGCUACACGUCCGCCACCCCAGCUGCGCCGCCCGUCCCCAUCCCCAUGCGCGCGUCGACGUCGCUGCCCGGGUCCACCUCGGGCACCGCGUCGCCCGCGAAGAAGGCGCCGCCGCCGCCGCCGCCAAGGCGCUCGACGCUCACGGCGAGCCCCGCGGUGACGCCCCCAGCGCUACCGAGCCGGCCGGCGACGCUGCGCUCGAAGUCGUCGCACUCGGGCUCGUCGCUGUCGAUCCUCGCGACGGCGGCGGUCGGGGACGAGGAGCUGACGUACUCGCCGUUUGACAGCCCGAGGGACGAGACGAUGAAGGUCGGGUGUAGUGAGUUCAAGCAGAACCCGUUCAAGCCGAAGGGGUUCUGCAGCAACUGCUUCCAGACGCACUCGCACCCGUAGGCCUAGGCUCGUGCGCGGGGUAUGGGAUGGAUAGGCGUGUGGGGGAGGAAGGGGUGGAUGGGGAGAGCAGGCACGCUCAUAUAUGGACAGAUCUAGUUUGGGGUGGUCAUUUUGUACUGAUACAUCUACACGUCGACGCUCGGUUUGCUUUGCUUUGAUUUUACUGGUAUCCAU